UGCACCGCCUCCGUCUUCAACAUCGUCCUGAUCAGCUUCGACAGGUUCAUCUCUGUCACCCAGGCGGUCAGUUACAGGGCUCAUAAAGGGAUGACCAGAAAUGCAGUACUGAAGAUGAUCACUGUAUGGAUUGCUGCUUUUCUCCUCUAUGGUCCAGCCAUUCUCAGCUGGGAGCACAUUGCCCAAAAGAGCAUCGUCCCCGAAGGAGAAUGUCAUGCAGAAUUUUUCUACAACUGGUAUUUCCUAAUGAUUGCCUCUACUAUUGAAUUCUUUACGCCUUUCAUCACCGUUACAUACUUUAACUUAAGUAUUUACCUCAACAUCAGGAAACGCACCCAUCUCAGAAACGAGAACCUAUCACCUGGUCAAGAGGACUGUGAAAUGAGUUUCCAGGGGAAAAAAAGGGAACACACUAUAUUUUUUGUUAAACCUACUAACAGACACAAACACGAGAAGCGAGCAAGCAGCCUUUCUCCCUCAAAAAAGGCAUCAACGCUCAACCAAUGUAAGCUAGACAAUCAGUCAUUAAAUUUGAAUGUCGGUCAAGACCUUCCACCACUCCAGGUGGAAGUGGAGACCAAGCCGCAUAGGAAUGCCUUCUACAAAUCUACAGAAAGCGUAUGCAAUGCCGCCAGCAGAGUGGACAUCGCUAAUACUGUGGCAAAUAGAUUUAGGCUUUCCCGGGAUAAAAGAGUAGCAAAGUCUUUAGCAAUUAUUGUCUGUGUGUUUGGUUUGUGCUGGGCUCCAUAUACACUUUUGAUGAUCAUCAGAGCAGCUUGCCACGGGCACUGUGUGCAGUAUUCGCUCUAUGAGAUUUCAUUUUGGCUUCUGUGGGUGAACUCAGCCAUUAACCCUGUUCUAUACCCCCUGUGUCACAUGAGCUUUAGGAAAGCUUUUAUGAAACUCUUGUGCCCAGGAAAAGCCAAAAUUCAUCCUCAUAUUUUUAUGUGA